AUGCCCCAGCAGGCUGCAGCAGAGCAGGUGAAGCCACGAAAGCUCUCACAACCCUGCCAGAGGUGCGAUCUCAACCUACUACAUAACAGAUGGCAACCCUCGCUACAACGCAGCCCUACAACUUUUGUAGAGCCGUUUAUCAACUGGCUGGAUCUCCAGGGUCUAGUACUCAUUUCCGACAUAGACUGUCCCACACAUGAAAGGGGUAACGUGUUAGACCUCAGUUUCGCCUUAAGCCCUCUGGCACUCGCAGGAGCCAAAGCUAGCAUAGCGAGCCACUUAGAUGCUACCUCUGAUCAUCAACCACUAAUUACCACUGUUCCAUGGGAUCAGAGAUACAAGGAAAUAGCUCAGAAACUGAGAUUUGACACACUAGACCAUACCUCCUUCCUCUCGCUCCUCGCCUCUAAUCUCGCUGACAUCGAGAGCUCAGCCGCAACAGAAGAAGAUCUUGAUGCCCUUGCUGAAAAACUGACAUCUGCAAUUCAAGGAGCAUAUAGAGGCUCUGCUAAGAGGACCAUAACACAAGGCAUAGAAUAA